GUGUACGCGCGCGUGAUUUCGGGCCACAGUUUUUCGAUUCAAUUUCUGCGGAGGUGAAUCUUUCGAGUUCCGGAUGCGCAGCAUAGUUUAACGGUGAUUAGCUGCCUGUCUUGCGCGAGUAAUCUGAACUUGUGGUUUUUCGGGUUUGCAGGUUUUGCUCAGCCGUGGAUCGGAACUUAAUGGCUUGAUUAUAACAGUGAAAGUGCAUAGUUUUCGCGGAAGUGAAAUUCACCCGGGUGCAGCAGAUCCGUUGUUUUUGCAGGAGCUACUCGCCCUGUUGUGUUUUUUUUUUUUGGCUCGGGCGGUCGGUUAUAUUAGAAUAAAGGGAAAACCGGUAAAAGCAAAUAUUUGAGUGUGCUCCAGCGAAAUUGAAUGUGCUGCUGACCGGUCCUGUGGGUCCUGACCUAGAGCGUGGGAGAGUGUGCAAGGGGUGGGAGUGUUGCGAGAAUUGCGGGGCCAAGAGCUCGAUGUCAGUGGAAAAUUGAGUUGAAAGUUAUUGGCGAGUGGAGUUCACGUGCUUGGAAAUAUUUGCUGCAGCACCGUGGUGUGACCGUACUCUACAUACCAUAAAUUGGCCGAGAAGAUCCAGCGAAAGAAAAACGAAUGGUGCAAUUGCAAACGCAGAGGAAAGAAGUGCAGUAAAAUAGUUUAUGAAUGGAAAAGGGCAUACCGAAAGAAAGAAAAAUAAAAACCAGUUCAGCGUCAUUUAUUCUGCGAAAAUAUACUGAAGCAGUGCACGAAAGCUGUGGAAAAUAAAUAUAUUUCCGAAACGGGAGAGAAAAAAAAAAGUGUGAUGGUGAAAAAGCAGGGUGCUCAAACAAAUGGCCCAAUAAUACAGUGAAUCCUGUCGGGUAAUGAAUAUAUAUUGAGUGAGACGUGGAUUCCAUCGCGUAGCAUCGGUGGAUUGUGCACGGGGUGAGGCGAGUGAAAAGUGAUUAAUUGGCUAUUAAUUGAAGGACACAGUUACAGAAUCGCUUUUGAUUGAAAUCAAUUCGAUUCGGACGGCUAGGGGGAGCAGGAAGCCGCGCAAAUAUAACAAAGAAAUUCGAAUUGAAACGCAGCAGGAAGCACGUCACGCAGUUCCGGUGAUUCAUCGAUAUCGGCCUGUGGGAGAAAAUAUUUACGAAAUAUGUUUAUUCAGCCUUCCUGAGAGCAGCAGACAUCCUUCCAAGUCGACGCGCAUCACCGCAUCACACGUCACGUCAGCAAUGCAUAAUAGCUGUCAUCUCUCCAUGAAGCAUGUCGGUUGAGCACAACUGGAGCAGCCUCAAGAAGAAAGACGAAGAGAGUAAAAAAAAAAGACUGUUUCAAAAAGCAUAAUUAAAAAAAUAUUUAUGAAUCCACCGAAACCCGUCAGUGUGAAUAAUGUCAUAAAGUUGGAGGCCACACAGUGAAACGCGCAACGAGAGCACACCAAGAUACGGAACACAAGUGCUGCUGGGGAAAAGCCAAAGACCUCUGGAAAGUGUGCCGUAUGCGUGCAUAUGUCGGCCCGGGAUAGACCCUAAUAGUGGCGACGAGGAAAUAAAAAUAAUAAAAUUAGCUUCCGAGAGUGCGGUGGGUGCGCCCGGAGAGCAUGUAAACAUAAACAGAGACUCACUUUUGGACGGGGACAGCGUUCAUAACGUUUGGGAAGCGACCAAUACGUGCGGAAGAUUUGUUUACUCAGGGAGAAUCUAUAAAAAUCUCGGUGCAAUUAAACAGUAGUUCCAGCAAGUUAUAGUUUUAGAACUAGGCAAUGUAUGACGAUGCCGGUAUAGUGGUGGAGGAGGACGCCAGCUGAGCUCGAGUGGGCAAUUAAAAAUUAAUGUGGAAACAAGUAAAUCUUUACGACGAAGAAAAAGACAACGACAACCGACGGCUCGGCUAAUCAUUAUGGGAAAAGUGUGAACAGGGUGUGAACCGACAAUUCAACACGGAAAGUGCGUGAGUGACGUGAGAAUAUUUGUUGGGGAAAUUAAAGUUAACGAGAGUGCGUUUCGGAACAUAAACAGUGAACAAACAUGUGGUGUUCGGUGAGUAGCGGUUUAUUGGACAACAUGCGGAUCGGUGGAAUUUUCGUUUUCCGGAGGCUCAUCAGCAUCGGCAUUCUGCUGCAAAUCAUUGCAAACUUCGAUUUCGGUGCCGGAGCGAUACGAUCCGUCCACCUGGUAGUGGACCCACCAGCCGUUCGAAGAUCACAGCAUGCAACCCUCCGGUGUCUGUACGAUCUGGGCAGCUCGCCACUGUACUCGGUCAAAUUCUAUCGGGGCCUCCGAGAAUUCUAUCGGUUUUCACCCAACGAAUAUCCGGAGAAGAAAACGUUCGCCUUUCCCGGAAUCAACGUCGACCUACUGCUAUCCAAUGCCAGUCAGGUUGUGAUCCGAAACGUUGGCUUCGGGCUGUCUGGUAACUUUUCCUGCGAGGUCACCGCGGAUGCACCCUUGUACUCGACGGCGACCGGACACAUCCAGAUGCAAGUGGUCGAACUGCCCGAAAGUGGUCCCACCUUGUGGACGGAACACAGUCGCUACGAGGCCGGCGAUGUCCUGCGAGCAAACUGCAGUUCACCACCUUCCCGACCCCGAGCGGACCUAAAGUUGACACUCAACAACCUCGUGAUGCUGAACCAGGAUCAGACGGUGCGAACCACGACGGACAAUCUCAUAACCACGGCCAUUUCAUUGCGGAUUCAUCUGCAGAGUUCACACUUUGCCGGCGUCCUGAUGGCGGGCGGUGGGGGAAGCGGCACUCUGGUGCUUCGGUGUACCGCCACUAUCGGGACGCUGUACGAGCGAUACUCAGAACUGGAACUGGGUGCACAACAACGGGAUCCGGUUCCCGCGAGGGUCACACUGACCGGUUCGGCUGCUAGUAGCUGCAUUACAUCGACCACAUUGCUGCUGGUCUGUCUCUCCACAGUGUUGGUGUCCCUGAUGACAAGAUAUCGAUUAGCAGUGGCGUCCUUCUCUUCCAUGGAAGCAUCGUUGUCGUCGUCGUCGUCAUCAGCACCAUCGCCGCCGGUGCAACGGAGAUAGUCAGCUUAAGUGCUCCUUCCUGAGCAAGGACGGGCAGAACAACCGAGCAAUGGCAGCCAAAGUUCUACAGAUAAAAUAACCGUAAACGAUAAUUGAAAAAUUCCCAUUUCUCCCCCGCAAGCGAAAAGAAAAAAGAUACAUCAUCACCAUCCCAGAACCCAGAUUCAAUUCCCCUCAGAGUUCGAUGCUUGAUCGGGGUUUUCAUUGGAACUGCAGAAAAGAGCAUUCGUAAAACUGGUCAACUGGUUACAGUAGGGCAAUCGAGCUAGCAAAGACUCCAGGGUUGAAUGAUGAAGGAAAACGUCGUCGAGACUAACCGGGGAGUCUGUGUAAUAAUAAAUUUAUGUAUGUUUGAGGGCACUCCAUUUCUAAUUUCGACACUGUUUACACUGGUGAGCAAAAUAGGAAAAGGGAAUUGUUUAAAAUAAUGAGACUUU